AUGGGCUCAAUAUGGUCGGACAAUUCAUACGUGAAGGAAGUCAACAGAAAUGUUACAAGGAUAUGGAAUCGAAAGAAUCAAAAUACUCCGCAAGACAACAAAGAAGUAGGGAGCAAUUUUAAUGAUUGGCGGAUGCCUAUUUCGACGUUUGCUGAAAAUGAAUCCUACCUUACCGAAAGACUUCAAGAGAACGCAUGCGUGGGUAAAUACGAAAUAUCAAACGAUCUUUGGCAAAACUCCUGCGGAGUUGUAAACGAGAUCACGCAGUUGUUUCAAAAGACACUCCAUGUAGUGUCUGCAAGAAAAUACCCUUGCCUCACCUUUGGAGACUUAGUAAAGCAGGGCAGUUCUCGGGAAGGUUUGAAAAUUCGACAACCAGACGAGUUUGAUAUGAUUCUUCCAUUUACAAUUGAAGGAGUUGAUAUAUGCGCUGUUCCAGCCCUUGAUAACAACGGAGAGCAGGUUUUUCCACUCGUGAAUCUCGAGAUAUCGGAUAAUGGACAGACAAAGACUGUCAUGAGUUGUGACCAGUACCAGUCUUUGAGAACAGAUGGCGUCUUUGAAACGCGUGGCUCCAAUUUGAUUUUGAACGCAAUGUGUUUUCAGACGCGAGUAAUAUCAUCCAUCAUGGACACUACCAUCUCAGAAAUACAGAAAGCUAUCGACGAACAGAUGCCAGAUGGAACUUGUUCUUUUACUCUUAAUAAAGCUAGCGUGUUUCCGCCCACGUACAGAUUUAAAAUAUCAAUAGAAAGCAAGGCCGAUGUUGAUGAAUUGUCUUAUGGUCGAAAUCUUUUUGCGACAUUACGUCAGUCAGCCCUUGUACCAAAAUGGAGCAAAGAAAGCAAAGCUAUCGAGUUUGACAUAGUACCAGGUCUUCUCCUCCCAUCCGGUUCCGUCCCUAAUCCGGAUGGUUCGCUCCCUCUUACAUGGGACAGAUAUGCUGUGAUGAAGUGGGUCCACAAAGGACGCUAUGUAGACGAUUAUCCUGAUCCUAACCUACUCUGGAAGGAGAGCGUAUGUGGGUUCGAGAAGCACAUAAUUGAUGUCAGCUGUAAAAAUGAAAGUUAUCUGUAUAUACUCACAGCCUGCAGGAUAAUGAAAGCCUACAUAAACGGUUUAGACAAGUCCUCGCAACUUUUCUGUCUUGUAUCAUCAUACCACUUGAAGAACAUUGCGAUCCACAGUAUUCUUCUCCAGCUUGAAGUGUCCGGCGUCAGGGAAGCGCUAAGCUACUUCUUGACAUUCCUGGAGAUAAGCAUUGAACAGGAGUUUCUGCCACAUCACUUCUACGACAACCCUAAUAUCUGUAGGAUGUUCCCAAAUUUCCAAUCAGAAGAUAACAGAAAACGUGUCAACCUGUUUAGAGAUAUCCACCAUCAUCAUUUUACACGGGCUAAACUUUCCUUAAAAGAGAUGCAAGCUGAUUUACGUGAAUUAUUUACCGGAAGUUGUUACCCAGGUAACCAACAAAUUAUCGAUUCCUUCAGAGAUCUCUGCAGUGUGUAUGAUAAAACAAAUACUGGUAGAUGA